AUGGCUUCCCAACGCCACACCACGGCGAUGGAGUUCCUACAGAGCUACGAGGAUUUCGAUAUCUCCAGAAUGCUGGCUAUCCGGACCGAAUCCUGCACGCACGGCUUCGUCACUUCACUCGGGGAAAACCCGAUCAACACGAACGCCCAGUUUGCGGCCUUCUACGAGCCGAUCCGCCCGCACCUGCGACGCAGUAAAUUCACCGUCAAGCAGAUAAUCGAGGACGACAAGGCAAAUGAAAUUGCCGUUUGGUGUACGGUGGUCAUCGAGUUCGUCAACCCCGCGGUGGCCGCGUAUCAGGGAGAUUAUGCCUUCUUUCUCGAGUUCGACGAUUCUCAGACCAAGGUCGCACGGGUGCGGGAAUUUGUGGAUCGGUUGGGCGCAAACGAAUACUUGGGCCAGGUGGAGGUGGCGAAGAGCCUGAGCGUGGAAUCGAACACGAAGGCUGCCAAUCGGCUGUGA